AUGGGCAACAGCAAGAGUGGUGCACUGUCAAAGGAGCUGCUGGAGGACCUGAAGCUUAACACCCGCUUCAGUGAGGAGGAGCUUUGCGCAUGGUAUCAGACUUUCCAGAAAGAGUGUCCUAACGGCCGCAUCACCAAGGAACAGUUUGAAGGCAUCUAUGCCAGCUUCUUCCCAGAUGCAGACCCUACAGAAUAUGCUCGCCAUGUGUUCAGAAGCUUUGACACCAACAGUGAUGGUACACUGGAUUUUAAGGAAUACAUUGUUGCACUUCACCUGACUUCAUCGGGAAAGACAUUGCAGAAGCUGGAGUGGGCCUUCUCUUUGUAUGACGUUGAUGGGAAUGGUACCAUCAGCAAGAAUGAAAUCCAGGAAAUUGUUAAGUCAAUAUUCAAUAUGAUUUCCCAAGAUGACAAAAAAACCCUUCCAGAAGAUGAGAAUACACCAGAAAAGAGAGCAGACAAAGUCUGGGAGUUCUUUGGAAAGAAGGAAAAUGAUAAAAUAGCUGAAGGGGAGUUCAUUCGAGGUGUUAUGGAAAACAAGGACAUCCUCAGGUUGAUACAAUUUGAUGAACCACAGAAAGUGAAAGACAGGUUAAAAGAGAAGAAACAGUAG